AUGGCUUCAGUAGUGGUGCAGCGUUUUCGUGAGUGUCAAAACCUUUUGGAUUCUUUCAUAUCCAAUCUUGAGGCUAUUAAUAAUAUCACUUCACAGUCUGUUGUUGUUGAAGAAUCCUUUCGAAGAGUUGGUGGAUCCUCUACAUUUGAAAUCCCAUCAUCUUCAUCUUCUUCAUCUUCUGCUGAUGCUGUUGUUGUUUCUAUUCCCCGAUGUUGUACAGAUCCAUUAGGGAUUCUUCGUGCUUUUCCAGAUUCCACCAUGGAAUUAAUUCUUGCCCAACACGCAGAAGAUGUGAAUGCCCUUCUUCGCUCACUUGGAAGUACACAACAAGCAUGGUAUAAUAAACUCCAGCAGGCAAAAGAAGCUGUUAAGAUAAUAUCAUCAUCAUCUCAACAACAACAACAAAAACAGCAACAAGAACAAGAUUUAUCCAUUAUAUCACCUUUUGGAUUUUCAGAAAUGAAUGAUGGAAAAAGAAAUACAGAGAUUUCAGCAAAAGGAGGAUAUCAAGAUCCAAAGAUAAUGAUAGGCGUAUAUGCCAUGUUAGCCGUACUCUCACAAAUGCAUGGAUGUUUACAAGAACUUAUUCUUGCCCUUCGUGCGGAUUUAUCCCAUCCAACACGUGCGAUUCAGUUAUCCUUGUGGUUAAGUGGAUAUGCAUCCCAAUCAUCUGCGGCCAGUGAAAGUUGUGUGCCCGCUCUUUCUCUGGAAUGUGCACUUGAAAAGGUCUCGAGUAGAGUUCAGAGUGAGUGGGAAACUUACAAAUCUCAACAUAUGGUAGAUGAGGCAUGGAUUAUGCUCGUGGGUUGA